UUUUGAACUUGUUUUCAAUUUUCGUUAUUGCUUUCACUCCUUUUUUCACCUCGCCACUGCUCGACAUCUUACCACCCACUCUGCCGCCGUUCAUCAUAGAUUCCCCGUUGAGCCACCACAGCGCUCCAUCAAAUUCGCAGGCUCCUGCCGGCCGUCGUACAAUCAUUCUACACCUCAGCUGAGUCGCUAUUCACUAGCCCCCACUGCGUCCAGUCACUUACCCAUACACAAUUUUAUCAUUGAUUCAAUACAGAAAAUUGCUUCCACAAACUUUUGAGAACCCUAGGUUUUAUCGGGGUGGAAUGGCGGAGGAAGAAAUAGGGGUAGCGAGAGCAAGUUCCCAAGGUGAAGAUGAUGCAAGGUUGAAGGUAGCUAUGGAGAAAGAAAAACGUAAAGAGAAAAGGAAGAGGCUGUUGCUAAAGGAAGCUGAAAAGGCGGAGAGACGCGGUGUUUGCUAUUUAAGUCGGGUACCUCCUCACAUGGAUCCUUUGAAGCUUCGCCAGAUUCUGUCUCAGUAUGGUGACUUACAAAGACUCUACCUCACUCCUGAAGAUCCUGCUGCGCAAGUGCGCCGAAAGAAGUCAGGUGGAUUUCGAGGACAAGAAUUCUCAGAGGGGUGGGUUGAGUUCACUGACAAGAAAGUUGCCAAGAGAGUCGCUAACAUGUUAAACGGGGAGCAAAUUGGUGGAAAGAAAAGAUCAUCAUUCUAUUAUGACCUAUGGAAUAUCAAAUACUUGAGCAAAUUCAAGUGGGAUGAUCUCACAGAAGAGAUAGCGAUGAAGAAUGCUACUCGGGAGCAAAAACUGGCAAUGGAAUUAUCUGCUGCCAAAAGAGAGCGGGACUUUUAUCUCUCAAAAGUAGACCAGUCCAAAACCUUGAGUAAAAUAGGAGAACGAUUGAAAAAGAAGAAAAAGAUUGAAAUGGUACCAAAAGUGGUGCGCCAGUUUCCGCAGAAAAAACCAGUAUCGAAUGAUAAUGGAGAGAAUAGGGCUCAAUUGUCAAAGGAUAUCCUGGCAGGAGUUUUUGGUGGCUCGUAGUGAUCGUUUUUACAUGGCUCUGCAACGUCUGCAGUUCUUUGCUCGCCCGAGUUCACUUUACGGCAUUUCAUAGUUUCAUUUUUGUUUCAUGUCUGUAUUUAGCCAAGGCCAGAGUAUAUCUUAUUUGUUUCAAAUUUUGGUGUAGCACGAAAAUUACUACAAUGCCAACGAUUUCUACUGUCUUUCGAGUUCGAGUAAUUGAUAUGGUAAUUUGCUGCAGCGCAGAUGCUUCAGCUGAAUUUAUGAUUUCAUAAUGAUUAUGCUGGAUUUGCAUUAUG